GGAAGGGAACGAACAUCUGUUUUUCUUCAACAUAUCUCGCCGUCAUCGUCACAAAAAUAAACAAAUAACUGCAACGUCUACAAAAAAUAUAAAAAAAAGAAUUUCUUUAGAAAUUUUCGAGUGACGCUUCGCAAAUCGACACAAAAUGGGUCCAUCAAGAACUGAGAGCGAAAUUUCCUUGUACGAUCCAAAUAUUUUGCUAAAGCUCGACUUUCACAAGUCCCCGGCGAAGUUCAAUCCCUUCAUUUCUGCAGCAGCUCCCGGCGAAGAUUGGCUCAAAGUGCGCCCGUUGCAAGAUGGCGACUACAACCGUGGCUUUUUACAGCUCUUAUCGCAACUCACAUCAGUCGGCGAUAUCUCGCUGCCACAAUUUCUAAAUAGAUUCGCUCAGAUGCGCGCCAGCGGUGAUUAUUUUGUGACCGUUAUCGAAGAUACGCGGAAAAAUAAAAUUAUUGGCAGUGCGACGCUCGUUUUGGAGAAGAAAUUUAUCAGAAAUUGCGCCAUCCGAGGUCAAUUAGAAGACGUUGUCGUUGACGAUACUUACCGUGGAAAGCAACUCGGAAAAUUAAUCGUCGUCACUGUCUCCCUCCUCGCUGACUACUUGGGUGCCUACAAGAUGACUCUCAACUGCAAAGACAAAUUAAUUCCCUUCUAUCGCUCCAUCGGAUAUGUUGACGAAAAAGGCAACGCCAAUUGCAUGAAUAUCCGUUUCGAUGCCAAUAUUGGCAAAAAUAACACAUCUGGCGAAUGUACGGAACAAUUAUGACAAUUAGCCGCCAGUACUACCCAAAAAUCCAAAUUGUAAACUUUUGACAAGGAAAAAAAGUUUACAUCACCAAAUAGCCAAUAAGGAAUUUUUUUCUCAAGCACAAAAAAAAAUGUUUGAGCACUUUUUUUAAUUUUUUGAGUUCUAAAAUCAUCAUCAAGUGAAAAAAAAAUAUUUUUGACGAAAAAAAAAAUAUUUUUGACUAAAUUAAUUUUUUUUAUAAAAAAAAAUCGAGUGAAAAAAUGAAAGAUUGGCUAUUUAAAGAGUUGGAUGGGUAAUACUGGUACUGAUUGCUGGCUGAAUCUGAAUGAAAUUCGACAGGAAAUUGGAAACUGAGAAAUAGACAAAAUCGGAAAAUGUACUUCGAAUCGUUAGAAUGUAAGACGUGUGUGAAUUAACAAGCAAAAAAAAUUAUUUAGUACAAAAAAUUUUCUACUAAUGCGCUGGAUGGUGAUGGGACUCUUUCUUUCUGUAUAUCGACUUGCCAAGAAAUUUUUCGUUUUUUCAAAAUUAUUUUUUGAAUUAAUAAAAAACAUUGUACUU